UUAUAUCGUCCAGACAGUUGACGGCCUGUUUCACUUCGAGCAACAUACGAGCACAAGAGCUUCGGAUACAAACACCCAGUCACUCUUCCCGCAACUUCCAGAGCAUUUUUUUCUUCCGUCCAAGAGCGUAAGAGCUGAAGCCAUCUUGCAAGCAUGGCAAUAGCGCGUCAUCACUUGACCAUCCAGGAGAAGAACCAGCUCCGCGCACACCAUCGCGAGCGGCCCGAGCUGACGCAGGAGCAGCUUCGCGAAUGGGUACACGACAAGUUUGGCAAGUGGAUCGGUCGCUCCACCAUCGGCAAAAUUGCCAGUAUGCCCGAAGAACUUUGUGCCAACCCCACUGCUAAGCGUAUCCAGAGCGGACGCUAUCCCGAGAUGGAAGCUGAAUUAUACGAAUACAUUAUGACCAAACAGAGCGAAGAGCACGGCGAUGAACCACUUCGUGACGACCAACCAAUCCUCAGUGAAGGUUUACUAUGGACUAAAGCGAACGAGAUCCUCACGCGCACCAAAGGACCCAACCAGUCCGUGUCACUGGGCUGGGUACAGAGAUUUAAGAAGCGCCAUGGACUCCAUCGAUCUCAGAGAACUGUAACAAUGCAUACAGGAAAUGAGAAUACUGCUGCUAUUACUCCGGAUCUAGUAGAGACGGUAUCUGAGGAGAAUUUGGCUCCAUUGGAGUCGAAUAAAGAGGUGGAAAGCUCCUCUAAACGCACCAGGGACGAGACGAAUGAAGUAGAAGACGAUCUGUCGUUGAUCCCAGCGCCGAAAAAGGUUGCGUCUCCAUUGAAGUUGGCAGGUAGGAAGCAAUUUGUGUCGGCGGACGAUAUUUUGCUGCUAUCUCAAGUUCUGGAGACCAAACCGUGGGCUUAUCCACAAUUAAUGGACGGAUGGCAAGAAGUUUGUGACCAAUUACGACAGCAUUCGGACUUUAAUUUGGACAAGACAGCAGGAGCUUGUCAAGCUCGCGUGGUGCUGCUACUGGAUCAUUUACGAGCAGGAAAUGUUGCUGCAUUGCGGAAGUCUGGCACUUCGCAAGAGUAUGAACGGAAACGCGAACUGUUGACUGAGGUUCAGGCCAAGAUAACCGCCUUUGAGGAGUUCCAGGAAGAUCUGCGCAAGCGGAGGGGAGAACCGACACCACCGUCUAAUGUUACACAACAUGAAGCUGCAGUGGCGAAAGUUGGGGAAGUCGCUGCUGCUAUCGCUGUGGCUGAGGCGACGGGAGAGGCUGAUCGGGAUGGCCAGCGUCGCUUGGAGUUACUGGAGAUUAAGAUGGAGCGCGAACUGGCUGAGCAGCGACGAUAUGCUGAUGAACAGGUGCGUCAGCUUGAGCGCUUGCAACGCGCACAGCUUGAAGCUCAACAAAACCAGCACGCACAGCUUUUGGCUACUAUUCAACAGCAGCAAGCUAUGAUGCUGGACCUCAUUAAAUCCGUUGCAGCGCAGUCCAAAAAGGACUAGCAAUGUGGUCGACGUUAUCUUGGAGAUUUUUAAGCGUAUCAAUCAUUAUUCUGACGAUUUCAGCUCGCAAGACACGUCUAUAAACCGCUCUGGUGUAAAUGGGUCUGGGAAUCGAAUGCGCUUUGCGUGCAGGUAGAGUCGAUCGGCAGGACGGCCGCCAUACUUGGCGUCCCCUACAAUUGGCAUACCCAGUUCUUGGGCACAAUGCACGCGUAGUUGAUGUUUGCGUCCGGUGUGUGGCCGGAGUUGCAGCCAUGUACCUGGCUGAGUAUGGUGGUUUUGUUUGAAUACUCGCUCCACAAGUGUCUGUGCCGGUUUGCCAUUUACAGGAAGUUUGAUCUCUCGUCCCUCAAAGUUCUCUAGACUCGAAUAUGAAGCAUUUGGCGUUGAGGUUGAUGCAACCAAUGCGUUGUACGUCUUGUGUACGGCUCCAUUCCGUAAUAACUCGGAGAACUUGGCGGCUGCAAGGCGAGAGCGCGCCAGUACCAGCACACCCGACGUCUCCUUAUCCAGUCGAUGCACCAAUCUCAACUGCUGCUCUUCCUCCUGCUCAAUAUUGUGGUCAUUUCUCAAGGAUUCUGCGAUCCCCGGCAAGUAGCGGGCCAAUGAAUCAUUUAACCCCGAGCCGUCCUGCACCGCCAGUCCGUGUGGCUUGUUGAGCACCACAAAUUGCGCGUCCUGAUGUGCAAUACAUCGCUUCAGUUGCUGUAGCCUCUUGUCCUGUGCCGUAGUUAGGUUCUGCCCUUGUAUUGUCAUGCCUUGUUCUACUUGCUGCGCUAUUAGCGGCUGCAGCUUGGAGCGGAAGAGAUGCGCAUCGAUGGCCACCACGGAGCCCUGCAGCAGCAGCGAAUUGGCUCGGGCUGCCUGCAAACUCGACGUCGUAGCGGACUGUAGCCGGAU